GCAGUUUGCCGAAAUGGCCUGGUGCAGCCGGACCGCGCGGUCGACGGGCCCGACCGGCGCAAGCACCGCAGCCACGGUCGGGCCGGGCAGCUACAGCGCGAGCUCGACGUCGUACCAGCCCAAGCCCAGCUUUGCCGCCUUUGGCUCGUCCGGCGCGAAACAAGCGGCAACCGAGCUGCUCUUGCGCACGCCCGGGCCGGGCGCAUACGAGAACGACCGCAUUGCGCAUGUGCUUGCGAUUGCCGAGACGAAGAGCUCGUUCUUCAAGUCGACGUCCGAGCGCAGCACGGCCAAGCUCGGCCUCGCGAGCACGCCUGGUCCUGGCAGCUACAAGGGCGCCGAAGUGAGCUUCACUGCCGGAAAGCGCACCAAGCCGCUAUCGCCUUCUCGUAGACGCCGGUCGAGCUCGACGGGCGCGUACCCGGACCACGUCGCCAAGUCGGGCAAGGUCAAGUGGGUCCGCGUGCCCACCGCGCCGUCAAUUCCCAACAUUGGGCAGAGCUUUGGCUACGAAGAAGGUCCGAAAGGGCAAAUGAUUGCUCAGAAACCUGCGCACUUGGGCCACUCCGGUCGCGCCGAAGACCUCACGGGCCCCGGCGAGUACGACCCGCUCGACGCUAUCCACCGCUUGGACCGACCAAAGGGCACCAACUUUGCAAAGUCGCGCACCGUGCGGGACAAGCCGAUCAAGAAGGACGCACCGGGGCCUGGCGCCUACGACCCGGACAUGACACCACUCACCUUUGCCAAGCCAAGCGCUGUCUUCAAGUCGAACUUGACGCGGGAAAAGGCGGCGCGACCUGUGCGCGAUGCGACGCCGAUCCCCGGCCCCGGUGCAUACAAGCAACCGGUGGGCAUCAAACCCGCACGAAAGCCCGAGCAUCUACAGUUCUUUGGGAGCACGUCGUCGCGCUUCGAGUCGGAGAAGCUGAUGGCGCACCCGUCGCCUGCGUACACGCCCGAGCCACGCCCGACGCUCACGCACAAUGGCCCGGCGCGCCACGCUGCACCGUUCGCAUCAACGCAAGAGCGGUUCGAAACGACCUUGACCAAGGAGCACUUUGACGUUGGGCCCGGCUCAUACGAAGCGUCGUCGAUCGUCAAGGAGCUUUCGCACAAAACGAGUGGACGGGCGGGCGUGUUUGGUACCACCACGCGGCGGUUUGAGGCGCCAAAGUCGAGCUCCGAUGCCCUGCUUGAAAAGAUCCUCGAGCACAGUGCCGGGCCUGUCAGCAGCAACCAAGAGUCGACGUCCCCCGACAACCACGCCAAGAAGAAGACAUCGAGCUUCGCGUCGGGCACGGCCCGCUUCGCCGGCGGGAAGAAGGAUGCGGCUCCGUGCGUCGGCGAUUAUGAGAUAUCCAUGUCCUGGGACAAGCCGGGCGGCCGGUCGACGUUCGCCUCGCAUUUGACGCGCGAUGUCUCGCAAAAGGACAAGCUCGCAAUCCCGGGCCCCGGCGCGUACUCGACGCCCGACGUCGCCACGCUCCAAAAACCACAGAACCGACGUGGUGACGUGUUCGUCUCGACGGAGCCGCGUUUCAAGAAGACGCUUACGCCGCUCGCCAAUGUGGGCCCCGGCGCGUACAACCCCGACACGAUCGAGUCGGACUGGAAUCGCCCGACGUACAACAUUACGAUUGCCACCGAGAUGGAACGACGCUUGGCCUAAGACCAAGAUUCCAAGCUCGCACCCGAUGCAUUGGUGCGCCCGCCCAUGUACUCGACAAAUAGAGCAGCGUCAACGUCCACCCUAAAGUGUGUGUGCAUGUUUCCUUCUUGGCGCGCAGCUGAAGCGUUCCGGCGUUCCCAGAAGAAAUCUGACAUUCGCAACCAGAAAACCAGAGAUGAACGUUGUCGUCGACGCGGCCCGCCGCGGUGCGCAAGUCCAAAACUUGGCGUCGUAAUCGAGCA